CACAACAUGCUCACAUCAACACCAAGAACUAUCGAAGGCAGAUGUUUGAGCGAGGGUCAUGCGUCUGGCUCUUUGCUAUACAGUCAAAUGCCCCUCAGUUUCUGGGGUGGUGUGGAUCCAGCUACUGGCAUUGUUAUUGAUCAACAUCAUCCUCUGGCUGGAAGCUCUUUGGCUGGAAAGAUUCUUGCAAUCCCCAGCGGUCGAGGAUCUUGUUCAGGGAGCGGUGUUCUCCUAGAGCUGCUACUCAAUGGCAAUGCUCCAGCUGGCUUUAUGUUCGAGCGUGAGGAGCUCAUCUUGACGCUGGGCACUAUAAUCGCUGCCGAAUUCUUCGAUAAAUGUGUUCCGAUUGUACAAGUCGAGGCAGAUGAAUUCGCAGAGCUUGCAGGCCAUGCUCUUGUGCAAAUCACCGAUGGAACCGUCGAAGUCAAUCCAACAAGCAUAUCGAAUGGAAACACAACCAAGGAAAAGACACCUUUGCCAGCCAUCAAUUUGACAGAGCUCGACCGUGCUAUGCUCGAAGGAGAGUACGGAAAAGCUGUACAAGUUGCCGCUAGAGUCGUUUCGAGAGUAGCUGAGAUCCAAGCCGCUACAGAGCUCAUAGACAUAACCCAAGCACAUAUCGAUGGCUGCAUAUAUACAGGUCCCGCAACACUUCUCUUUGCUCAACGUCUCUGCAAUUGGGGUGCCAAAGUACGGAUACCAGCCACACUGAACUCCAUCUCUAUCGACCGGCAAAGAUGGCGGGACCAAGGUAUUGAUGCAGCACUGGGUGACCCCUCAGGUUUGUUGGCAGAUGCUUAUGUUGCGCUGGGAGCCAAGCCAACUUAUACAUGUGCUCCCUACCUCUUGGACACAGCACCGAAAGAAGGAGAGCAGAUCAUGUGGGCAGAAUCGAAUGCCGUGGUUUUCGCCAACAGUGUGUUGGGUUCUAGAUCUAUCAAAUGUCCCGACUUUCUGGAUAUUUGUGUCGCGUUGACCGGCAGAGCUCCAAACUCCGGUGUUCACAUUACCUCCCAGCGAAAGCCACAAGUGGUGAUUGAUAUUGCGCCUGACAUCAAUGGAGAUGAUUCCUUGUUUCCCGUCCUGGGUUACCUCGUCGGAGAGAUUGCUGCGAACCGCAUCCCCCUCGUCACUGGUCUCGAACACGCGGCCGUGAGCAGAGACGACCUCAAAGCGUUUGGAGCAACAUUUGCAACGACUUCCAGUGCCCCAAUGUUCCACAUUGCGGGCAUAACCCCUGAAGCGAUCAACCCAUCUCUCGAGCAGUGGAAGGCCACCACACCAAUCGUCAAGACCAACAAGACUGAUCUUGCAAAUGUGUGGUUAAGGCUCGACAAAGCGGCAGGAACGAAGAUUGACCUUGUCUCUCUCGGCAAUCCGCAUUUUUCAUACGACGAGAUAGCCAUGCUCUGUCAGCUUUGCGAGGGAAGAAGCAAAAGUCCUGAUGUUGCUGUGAUUGUCACCUGUGGACGGGACACCUACGCACGAGCGUGUAAAGAUGGACUCAUGCCCAAGCUUGAAGAGUUCGUGCGUACGAUCAUGACCAACUCGGCCAAGUUUGCACACUACGGAGGGGGAUUGACCAGGAGAAACAUGCGAUUCGCAAGUCUCACUGGCUGCGUUGAAGCAGCGUGUAAUGGUGAAAGCCGCAAAGUCAUGCCCGAAUGGCUUCGUUGUUGA